AUGGCCACCAGCAUGUCCGACUCUGACGUUGUGAUCGUCGAGCUGGGUGGCAAGAAGGUGCUUCUCGUGGGCGGAGGCGAGAUCGCCUCCCAGCGGCUGGGCUUCCUCCUCGAGGCUGGCGCGCAUGUCACCAUUGUCGCGCCCGCUCCCCUGCAUCCCCUGAUCCAGCACCGGCUCGAGAGCAACGGCGACCAGAUCACCUGGCACGACAGGCAGUACAACCAGAACCCCGACAAGGACGCGUGCAAGGUCGGUAGCUACGACAUGGUGUUCACGGCGAUCGACGACGCGGUACUCUCACGCCUCAUCUGCGAGAAGAGCCGCAAGGCGCGCACGCCCGUCAACGUCGCAGACGUCCCGCCCGAGUGUGACUUUUACUUUGGCGCGCAGGUCCGUCGUGGCCCCCUCCAGGUCAUGAUCUCGACCUCGGGCGCCGGUCCCAAGGUGUCCGUCAUGGUGCGCGAUCUGAUCCGCGGCGUGAUCCCCAACAACAUUGAGGGCGUUAUCAACGGUGUCGGAGCACUCCGCCGUGAGCUCCGGGAGCGCGCGCCCGGUGUCGGUGGAGAGCUCUCCAAGAAGCGCAUGCGGUGGAUGAUCAACACUUGCAAUCAAUGGGACAUGGAGGUCAUGGACCGCCUCGAGGACGAGACGAUCCGCGAGAAGCUCCUCACAGAUGGUUGGGAGAAGGGCGUCGUCCUCGGUCCCAAGGACGUUGGCGUCAAGCGGAAGAGCAAGUCGCGCGCGCCCAGCUCGACGGCUCUCGCUGGCACGGGCGGAGUCCUCGUUGGCGCCGCCAUCGGCGUCCUUGCCACUCUGGCUUACCUUCGGAGGAACUAG